AAAAUCGUCAUUUUUGGCCAUUAACCCUAUCAUACAAUCUACCUUAUUUUUAUACGUGUGGUUGCCCGCGGGGGUCUUUUAUCUACUGUAAUAACAUGCGAAACGGCUUGGAGUACUGCUCCAUUACUCCUCCCCUUCAGUGAUGCUAUGCUAUUAUUAGUAGUGGUUAUUUGCCCACAGGUUUAAUGGAUCCAAACCCGAUUUCAGCAUACACGGAUCCUGAACUGAAGACUGCCAAGGAGAGAGCAGGAUCAAUGGAAUUCAGCCGGGUUGAAUCUCGACCUGGACCCGGUUCCCCUCAUCCUUCUCAACCCCAUCGCCUGAACAAGUUUGCUUUUCUCAGUGCCGUUUUGGCUUCCACCAAUUCUAUUCUCUUGGGUUAUGAUCUGGGAGUCAUGAGUGGCGCGGUGUUGUUCAUAAAAGAAACAUUCAAGCUUUCAUCAGUUGAGCAUGAAUUGCUAGUGAGCUUGCUGAACGUUUCUUCUUUGGUUGGAUCUCUUGCUUCUGGAAAAACUUCAGAUUUGAUAGGCAGACGCUACACCAUUGUCCUGGCUGCUGCAACUUUCGUAAUCGGAGCCCUCCUCAUGGGACUCGCCCCGUCAUACCCUUACCUUCUCGCCGGCAGGGUUGUCGCCGGCGUCGGCGUCGGUUACUCUCUCACGAUCGCUCCGGUCUACACCAGCGAGCAGUCGCCGGCCAUGACCCGGGGAUUUCUCUCCUCUCUCCCGGAAGUGUUCAUCAACGUUGGCAUUCUCAUCGGGUUUGUUUCCAACAUCCUUUUGGCAGGCCUCCCGGCCGGCAUUAACUGGAGGCUCAUGCUAGGCCUCUCCGGCGUUCCGGCAAUCGGGAUCGCCGUCGCCGUUAUCCGGAUGCCGGAGUCUCCCCGGUGGCUUGUCAUGAAAGGGAGGCUCAGUGAAGCGAAGAUGGUUCUACUCAGGACUUCGGGAAGCGGAGAGGAAGCAGAUCUGAGGCUGGAAGAAAUAACCAAGGCGGCGGCGGCGGAGGCGGGUGGUGGGGGGGCCUGGAAGGAGCUUCUCCGGCCGACGCCUCCGGUGCGCCGGAUGCUCGUUACGGCCAUCGGAAUAAACUUCUUCAUGCAAGCCUCCGGCAACGACGCGGUGGUUUACUACACGCCGCUGGUCUUCCAAUCGGCGGGAAUCAGCAGCAGGAAGGGGCAAAUAGGGGUGACGAUCGUGAUGGGCCUGGCCAAAACCUUGUUUGUUUUGGUGUCCGCGCUUUUCUUGGACAACUUCGGGAGGCGGCCUAUGUUGUUGCUGGGCACGGUGGGGCAGGCGGUGUGCCUUCUCGGGCUUGGUUUGGGCUCAACCUUUCUGCUGCGGUCCCAUGAGAAGCCGGUAUGGGCCAUUGCGCUGUGCGUGUUGGCGGUGUGCGCGGACGUGUCGUUCUUCUCGAUCGGGCUUGGGCCGGUGACAUGGGUAUACUCGGCGGAAAUAUUCCCGCUGAGGCUGAGGGCCCAAGGAUCGGCCCUGGCAGUUUCAGUGAACAGGUUGGUGAGCGGGGCGGUUUCGGCCACGUUUCUGAGCAUCUCACGAAAGAUCACAUUUGGAGGGACGUUUUUUGUGCUUUCUGGGGUCAUGCUUCUGGCCGCGCUUUUCUUUUACUUGCUGUUGCCCGAAACCAAAGGCAAGAGCCUGGAGGAUAUGGGGGCGUUGUUCGAUGACACCCCGCAUCUCAAACCCACCCAAUUUCAAACACACGUCUAAGCAUUUCAUCCUCUCUCCGGCCCUUUUCUUAUUUUUUUUUUAGUGUAAUAUAUAUAUAUCGUCUCAUCACGUAGUGUUUCGGGGUUUUGAUCUGUGAUUUUUGUUAUCCCCCUGUACAAAUCUCAAUCACACAGUUUUUACUUUAUUAUUUUUCGUGGCGGUCAACUUUGACAAAGUUUUAAAGAACAUAGAUAGUAUAUAAGAUAUGGUUCCGGU